AUGGAUAGUGACUUUCAACUGUUCUCCCCUCCACGUCAGGAUGGCGGGGAAAACGAAAAUGGCAACCAGGACUGGACGCAAUGGAUGAGAUGGGACGACCCGAUGUUUUUAGAAGGUGAUCAUAAGCCAACAAGCUCCAUGAACCCCCGGUUUGUUUCACCUCGUUCAUCUACUGGCUCCCAAGGCCAGAUUCACCAGCAAGACUUCUCACCGCGACUUCCACUGGGAUUGAUGGAAAUUUCCCCGGAGGGGACCGUCAAUGGCUCACAGCCACAUCGACCGCAGCAGUCUGGCAUGAUAUCACCAAGUUCGAGUAUUGGGACCAGUCGAAAGCGAAAAACGGGAAGUGAUGAUGAUGCAUCUACCUUCACUGGUCCGAUACAAUCUAGCACUGGCAAGAAGGUGCCUACCCAGAAGCGAGCUCACAACGUCAUUGAGAAACGAUACCGUGCCAAUCUGAACGACAAAAUUGCCGAGCUGCGAGAUAGCGUGCCCAGUUUGCGGGCUUCAAAGAACUCUAACGGAGAUUCACCGGAUGAUGAUGACGAGGCUGACGGCGUGAUGCCGGCGAGUAAGCUGAACAAGGCCUCCAUUUUGGCCAAGGCGACAGAAUACAUCAAGCAUCUCGAGCUUCGCAACAAACGACUGGAAGACGAAAACACGUCGCUGAAGAACCGUUUACGUCAGGUGGACAAGGCAGCAGACCAAGCUGUCACUUCUGCGGCUUCUGUUUCCCCACCUAGCAACUGCACCGUAUCGACCGCCUCCGGGCAUACCAAAUCCCCGAGCGUGUUCUCGAGCCCUGAGGAAAUCUCCAGUGAGAGCUCGCCUAUAUCCAAAAAUCCUCCCGAGGGCCUCAUUCAGGUUCCCGAUUCCUGGAAACGAUUCCGAGCGGAGACCGCGCAGCAAGGGGCCUACGCCGAGUCGUAUAUUAAGCACCCAUCAAAUACCGAGAGUACCCGCGAGACCAAACGCCGCCGAUCAAAUAUGCCCAACAAAUACAUGUUGGGAGCGCUAGCAGGGCUCAUGGUUCUCGAAGGCUUUGGUUCAGACAAGUCAGAGUCGGACGCGAAAGGCCUUUUUGCUCUUCCGUUCAAUCUCCUCCGCCGCCUUCAAUCACCUUCCGUUGCGCACUGGGAAUACUGCCUCAAGAAUUUCUGGUAUUCAUGGCACGCCCGGGCUAUCACCCACUUCUUGGCUCUCGCCACUUUAAUCGUCGGCAGUGCGUUUGUGGUGUUUGUCUAUCUUUUCAACGCACAGCCCGUUACCCAGCGAGCGCCGUCGAAGGAAUCCGAGGGCAAGGCUGGACCGGCAACUUCUAGUGAUUUCCGCCGUCAAGCCUGGCUGACUAGUAUGCAACGGGCUGGUGUGCCACGGCAUAGGUUCUUCCACGAGUGGUACGUGGUAACCUCGAGAUGCUUUGAAUAUGUCCUGCGAUGCUUUAUGGGGUGGAAGCUCUACUCCUGGGCCACAGGGAUCACACAGGAAGAUGAAAUAGGUCGUGUGAAAACGUGGGACAUUGCUAUCGACGCGCAGCUUACGGGUGGUGACCCCGAAAUCAGCAAGAGCCGGCUUGUCCUCACGAUCUUUGCUGCGGGAACGCUGCCCAGCACCCCGAUGCGGAUGAUGCUCAAGGCAUUGCACAUUCGAAUUUUGCUCUUCAGGGUUGGUGAACCAGGCUCGUGGACCUUCCAUAUCUCCAAUGACGUCGCACGUGCUCUAGCCAGAUACCAAUGGGGUAUUGCGAAAUCCAUCAACGAUUCAUUGCCCGAGAGCCAUUCAGACGCUCUUCCCAGUAACUUCGCUGCGCUACUUGAUCUUGAUUGUGACGAGGUCAUGACCGACACUAUUAUGCAAAGGGCUGUGAAUCUUACAUGGAAUCAGCCUACGCAGGAGGGUAGUGUUGACGACGAGGUUCUUCUUGAUGUGGUGGAGGAGGAUCCCGCGAUUCAAUCUUCCAUGGAUGCUCUCGCAGCGUGGUGGUCCAGCCACCUGCUCCAGAACGCGCUCCUCAACUACUUCGAAGCGAGCGAAGGAGGCCCAGUGUCGAAGGCGAGCCGCGAUUCUUUCAAAGAGAAGAUUCGUAUGUCUCUUGAUGUUGCUCCCCGUCUCUCCGCAGCAUACACCCGCGCGCUUGUCAUGAAAGCGGUCUUCUUUGAACAGAACCGAAUCCAGAACGUGAGUGCGGUUCUCGCCGCCCUGCCAGAGGACAAGAGACAAGGCGAGCAGAGCCAUGCAUCGAAUUUCCUGGACUCGUCGCUUCCAGUUUCUGUCCGUGAGGAGAUUUCUGUCGCCGUGCGCUGUGCUAUGAUCGCAGCCAUCGUCACUGCUCGCUCCACCGGCGACACCUCAUUGCCUGCAUCUUUCACCGUUGACAAGGCGAUCAGUAUAUUCAACCAGCUUCCAAUAGAUCCCGUCGAGCUCACCCUGCUGGGCUUUUCUGCGGUCUACCACCUCCUGCACCUCCUAGCCUCUGAUGUGGACUACAUUGCCUCAUCCGAUUCAUCCCCUUCCUCACCAGUCUCCGAGGCUGCAUCCUCCGCCGACGACGAAGCAGAUGACAAACCCCGGCCACUCGCCAACCGCGCCAUCUGUCCACAAGACAUCCCGAAUCUCGGCCGAGUCGCCGCAGAACUGAUCUACUGGGCGCGCAACGCCUACAACCCCGCCUUCUAUGGCUUCUCGUCUGACCUCGUGGAUGUCGUGGUGAAAUCAUGCUCCGAACUAUGCGAAAACGCCGGCAUAGAUGUGAACGACUACCUCCACGCCGUACCUGAACCGUCCCCAUCGAAGCAGCGACGCUGGCGCCGCCGCCGAGGCGGAUCCGACCAGUCGGUCCUUAGUGACGCCGAUCAAGAUCAAGAUGUGAUGGACAUGCAAUUCACUGAGCCUCUGCGGAGGGAACGGUCCGCUAGCAAAGAUACGGGAUAUGGCAGUUUGAGCAUCGAGGAAGAUGUUCAGCAGGCUCCCUAUAAUGCUCCUGGGAAGGUUCAGGAGGUUUCUGCUUGA